AUGGACCCUUUCUCCGGCGAGGGUGAACUCCUCAACAUAACAACAGCCUUCUACACCCACGCCUACCAAACAGUACUGGACUUUGACACCUCUGCUCUCUCUCCUGCGAACCAGGCUGUUGCUCAAACACUCAAAUACCGGGCUCAAAUCGCCCUGGGCGACUCUUCGUCCGUCAUAUCCGAAUUGAAACCCAAAGCAUCCAGCUCUCCUUCGUCCCGCGCGUUAUUGGCUCUCGCCCAGAACGAUGUCGAGGCCGCGACAGAACUGGCAACAGACGCAUCCACCGCCGAAGACCCGGUAGUUCAAGUCUGCGCCGGGACAGUCCUUGCAUCCGCCGGCGAAUAUGCAACCGCAAUCGAUCUUCUAUCAAAACACCAAGGAAGUCUCGAAGCCGUUGGCUUGCUCGUGCAGAUCCGCCUCUCCCAGAACAGGACCGAUCUGGCCGUCAAAGAAGUGCAGGGUGCAAAGCGCUGGGCUAAUGACAGCCUCCUGAUCAACCUCGCCGAGUCAUGGACGAACCUUCGCGCAGGAGGCAGCGAGAAAUACCAGUCGGCAUUUUACGUAUAUGAAGAACUCGCCAGUGCCCCAGGGAACACCUCUCCGACCGCACUUUUGUGUCAGGCUAUUGCCGAGUUGCAUCUCGGACGGCUAGAGGAGGCCGAAGUCGCGUUACAACAGGCUGUGAGCAGCGACGGGGCCGAUGUCCAGGCCAUCGCGAAUAGCAUCGUACUGGCGAGCGUCAUGGGCAAGAAGGACGAUGUGGUAAAGGGACUGAUCGAACAGUUACGAGAGCGGGAUCAAGGGCACGUGUUGUUGAAAGAUCUAGAGGAGAAGAGUGCACUUUUCGAUGCUGCCGCUGCCAAAUACAGUGCAAAGGUCACAGCUUGA